AUGCGCUGCUGCGCGAAGAUUCCGCGGUUGCUGGCUCUCCUUCCCGACGCGCAACGCAACUCUUCCUUCUCGACGUCGACUUCGACCCAUCGUCUCUACUCACACCUUCCAUUUCGGACACGACUGCACUGCGAAGAUCAGUACCCAUACGUCGAUCAAAUUCGAACGGAUUUCAGCUUCGCAGUCGUCAGCUUCUUCGCAUUUGCGGAUCUCCUGCAUUGUCUCGCUACCACGCCUCGCUCGUAUUGGCGACUCAAGCACACGAAACUUGAAGCAUCAGUCACAUCGACUGCCACACAGCUCAUCAUCUAUCGGCACGGCAUUGUUCAUCGUAACAGCAGCAUUCGUCCGUAUCAAUCUGCGGCUGCAUCUCGUCUCCCUUGCUGCACAUUUCGCUCAUCCUCAGUAAACCUACGUCAGCACCUCAAAUCUGAUUGUCGACCUCAUCGCAUUCAGCGACGCAAGCAUUGCUGCCGACGAGACGUAGUGCAGCAAGUUGGGCUCGUAUCAUCACAUCACAAGCGGAUAGCGCUCUUGUCCGUAGGAAAGAGCAGCGGCGGCUGUACAACAGGCCAACUGGCCUUUCCGUAA